GCUGCCCGUCGCUCGCGACUCGAGCUCGGGCUCGCGAUGGGGAAGAAGUCCCGAGCAGUACCCGGCCGCAGGCCUAUCUUGCAGCUUUCUCCGCCUGGCCCCCGGAGCAGCACGCCAGGCCGGGAUCCGGAGCCGGAACCCGACACCGAACCGGACUCGACGGCGGCGGCUCCCAGCCAGCCGGCCCCGGCCCCGGCGGCGGCGGCGGCGGCCACGACAACGACGAGCCCCGCGGUGACUGCCGCCGCGGCCCCCGACGAGUCGCCUUCCGAAGAAGAUGAACAGGAAGUGGUGGUGGAAGCUCCCCGAGUUCAGAAUCCUCCAAAACCAGUCAUGACCACUAGACCCACUGCGGUUAAAGCAACAGGUGGGCUGUGUUUACUUGGUGCAUAUGCUGACAGUGAUGAUGAAGAGAAUGAUGUUUCAGAAAAGCCAACACAAUCUAAAGAGGCGAAUGGAAAUCAGUCAGCUGAUAUUGAUAGUACAUUGGCCAACUUCUUAGCGGAAAUAGAUGCUAUAACAGCUCCUCAACCAGCAGCUCCUGUAGGAGCCUCUUCUGCCCCACCUCCAACUCCACCUCGACCAGAACCAAAGGAAUCAACAGCUACCCUUUCUUCUGCCACCUCCAAUGGAACAGACUCAACCCAGACAGCUGGGUGGCAGUAUGAUACUCAGUGUUCAUUGGCAGGAGUUGGAAUUGAGAUGGGAGAUUGGCAAGAAGUCUGGGAUGAGAACACAGGAUGCUAUUAUUAUUGGAACACACAAACAAAUGAAGUGACUUGGGAGUUACCCCAGUAUCUUGCCACCCAAGUACAAGGAUUACAACAUUAUCAGCCCAGUUCUGUAACAGGUGCUGAAGCUAAUUUUGUGGUAAAUGCAGACAUGUAUACCAAGGAGAAGAAUAUUUCUGCUUCCAGUAGUAAAAGUGGUCCUGUCAUAGCCAAGCGAGAAGUUAAAAAGGAAGUAAAUGAAGGCAUUCAGGCCCUCUCAAAUAGUGAGGAGGAAAAGAAAGGGGUGGCAGCUUCACUGCUUGCUCCUUUAUUGCCUGAGGGAAUAAAAGAGGAAGAAGAGCGAUGGCGGAGAAAAGUUAUUUGUAAAGAAGAGCCAGUUUCAGAAGUGAAAGAAACAAGUACAAAUAUCGAAGAAGCAGCAACAAUAGUAAAGCCACAGGAAGUUGUAUUGGACAAUAUGGAGGACCCUUCGCAGGAGGAUCUUUGCAGUGUUGUUCAGUCUGGAGAAAGUGAAGAGGAAGAAGAACAAGACACCCUUGAGCUGGAGCUAGUUUUGGAAAGGAAAAAAGCAGAGUUGCGAGCUUUGGAAGAAGGAGAUGGUAGUGUGUCAGGGUCAAGUCCAUGUUCUGAUAUCAGCCAGCCAGCAUCUCAGGAUGGAAUGCGUAGACUUAUGUCUAAAAGAGGAAAAUGGAAGAUGUUUGUUCGAGCUACCAGUCCAGAAUCCACCAGCCGAAGUUCUAGCAAAACUGGACGAGAGACUCCAGAAAAUGGAGAAGCUGCAACUGGUGCUGAAAGUUCAGAAAAAGUAGAUGAGAAUUCAGACAAAGAGAUGGAAAUAGAAGAAUCUCCAGAGAAGACAAAAGUACAAACAGCACCUAAAGUAGAAGAACAACAAGACUUGAAAUUUCAGAUUGGAGAACUGGCAAAUACCCUGACAAGUAAAUUUGAAUUCCUAGGAAUUAAUAGACAGUCCAUCUCCAACUUUCACAUGCUGCUCUUACAGACUGAGACUCGGAUUGCAGACUGGCGGGAAGGGGCUCUUAAUGGGAACUACCUUAAACGAAAACUUCAGGAUGCAGCAGAACAACUAAAACAGUAUGAAAUAAACGCCACUCCUAAAGGCUGGUCCUGCCACUGGGACAGGGAUCAUAGACGAUAUUUCUAUGUAAACGAGCAGUCGGGCGAGUCUCAGUGGGAGUUCCCAGAUGGUGAGGAGGAGGAAGAAGAAAGCCAAGCGAAAGAAAGUAGAGAUGAAACUCAUCCUAAACAGAACUUGAAGGACAAAACUGGCACUGACUCAAAUUCUACAGAAUCUUCUGAGAACUCUACAGGUUCUCUUUGUAAAGAGUCCUUCACUGGCCAAGUUUCCUCUUCAUCACUCAUGCCACUUACUCCAUUCUGGACUCUCCUUCAGUCAAAUGUGCCUGUGCUUCAACCUCCAUUACCUUUGGAGAUGCCUCCACCCCCCCCUCCACCCCCAGAAUCCCCUCCUCCUCCUCCACCACCACCGCCGCCACCUCCUGUAGAAGAUGGUGAGAUCCAGGAGGUAGAGAUGGAGGAUGAGGGAAGUGAGGAGCCUCCUGCCCCGGGAACAGAGGAGGAUACUCCAUUGAAACCUUCAGCACAAACUACAGUUGUAGCUAGCCAGAGUCCAGCUGAUUCGGCUGUCUUUAGUUCUUCUACUAAAGCAAUAAAAAGAAAAGCUACAGAAAUUAGUACUGCAGUAGUUCAGAGAUCAGCUACCAUUGGUAGUUCUCCAGUCCUCUACAGCCAGUCAGCGAUAACUACAGGUCACCAGACAACAGGGCUCGGUCAUGGGGCUGCAGGAAUUGGGCACCAGACAAUAUCAGUCAGUCAUCCAGCAACAGGAAUGGGCCACCAAGCCAGAGGACUGAGCCUGCAGUCAAAUUACCUAGGACUGGCAUCAGCAGCACCUGCAAUUAUGAGUUAUACUGAAUGUUCUGUCCCAAUUGGAGUAACUGCUGCCACACUGCAGCCAGUCCAGGCCCGAGGUGCUGUGCCUAGCACUGCCAUUAUAGAACCGCCUCCGCCUCCGCCUCCCCCUCCUCCACCACCGCCACCACCAGCUCCGAAAGUGCCACCCCCUGAGAAAACAAAGAAAGGAAAGAAAGAUAAGACAAAGAAGAGUAAAACCAAAAUGCCCUCUCUGGUAAAGAAGUGGCAGAGUAUCCAGCGUGAGUUAGAUGAAGAGGAAAACUCUAGCUCUAGUGAAGAAGAUAGGGAAUCAACUGCCCAGAAGCGAAUUGAAGAGUGGAAACAACAGCAGCUUGUCAGUGGCAUGGCAGAGAGGAAUGCUAAUUUUGAAGCUCUUCCUGAGGAUUGGCGAGCAAGACUGAAGAGAAGGAAAAUGACUCCAAACACAUAGUUUAAAAAGAAAGAAAAUUAUUGAUUUUGUUCAGUUUAAAGUCUUAACCAGUUUUACUGUUGUCAAUAAACUAAAUGUUGUGAGGAGAGCAUAUGAAUUUCCUGAUAAAAGCAUACACAUACAGAAUUUUCACAUUUGUGAGAUAAAAUUUUUCUGUUUUGCUGAAGGGGUGAGGUGAUUAAAUACUUUGACCUGACUGCCUUUAUUCUCACAUUGGCAAGCAAGCAUGUUAGGUACUUUAAACUCAGCAGUCUGGAACAUGUGACACCUCUGUAGGAGACUCACAAAAAGUGAAGGAUUUUCCUGCCUAAUAGAAGCUAAUUUAGUUCCUAAUAUGACCCUGUCAUUAACUACUGCUCCAGAACAAGUGCAAUUAAGAAGGCAGCUCUGUAUUUUACCUUGCUUAACUAGGAUAUAAGGAUCUCUUUUUGACCUCUUCCUUAGUGUGUCACCCCUGAAGUGCUGAGGUAUGUCAAGUUGUACCUAGUGCUGAUGGAGAGCCACAUUCUGUAUUCUUUCUGGAAGAUUCUACAACUCAUAGCUCUGCAUUUUACACACUGGGUGACAUAUUUAAAUUUCAGUACAGGCAGCAGCAGGUUUUCAUGUCUCUGAGCAUAUUCCCCUCAGUAAAUGUGACAAUAGCCACUGUGUAGUAGUAUGUCUACAUUGUCUUACCCUAUUCCAAAAUUCAAUUCCCAUUUAUAUAUGAAUGUAUCCUCCAUGUAAUUCCAUAUUUAAAAAUUGGAGUUUACUUUCUGUUCUUUCUAUUGUAUCACAAUCAGGUAAAAGUCACUUUAAACUGAAGAAAAAGCAAAUUGUGUUUUAAAGCUGUUUGUAUUUCUCCAGUUUCUGACCAUGUAAAUUUGUAUAUAUGCACUAAUAAAGCUUUUUUUAUA